UACUUUAAGCUUAGCCCUACGUAUUUACACCGACUUAGCUAGCAGGACUUAACAUUAUGUUUACAAACUUUAAUACUUUUUAAAACUGUUUGGUGUAGUUAAUGAUGAUGUGUGGAAUCAAUGUAGCAGUGCAAUGCGGUUUCGAAGGAUAAGCGGGAUUUUGACACUUUGCUGGUUGGUUAACAUCAAGUAUGAUGUAUUUGCAUAUGACCUAGACAACUGCCCUUCUUCAAGCCAAUGGAAACUUCGGGCUAAAGCCAUGUGCAAUGCAUCGCCGGAAAACUACUCAUGCCUUUAUGAUCUUAUACAGAACAAAUACAAGGAAUCAUGUUCAGGGAAACCAGAUUAUGUUAAACCUGGUAAACGAUAUGUCAUCAGGGGUGAACGUGAUAACGAUAACUGCAAUGACUCAAGGUAUCAGCCUGUUAAAUUAUGGUCUAACCGAAGCAGUAAAUGUGAAAUUUUAAAAUAUGAUUGCAACGAAAUGGGACAAGUGAUUGCCAGCAACGGAUCAACAACCGAAGAUCGUACUUGUCGAUGUAAUUACAAUAAAGGAUUUGAUUUUGUCAUUAAACCAAUAAAUGUCUGUUAUUGUAUUCCGUCAGAGGAAGAUUGUUCGUGCUAUCGAAAAAGCUGUUCUUCAGACGAAAAAUUAACAAAAGAUUAUGAAUGUGCUUCAAAACUGAGACUGGAUUUGCAGUACGGUAGAUGUUUCGUUAUUGUAGAGACACAAACGGCAUCAUUUGAUACUUCCUCAACAUCACAACAAAGACCAGCAAGUACUAUAUUUCCCGUAUAUGAACGUGAUAAAAACAUGGAAUAUCAUAAUGUGCAAUUUGUUACUGUGAUGUUGGUUUCCAUUACUUUUUUAAGUAUUUGGACGAUAAUUUUCAUGAUCUUCAUAAUGCGAAUACAUCAACCCUUUAACGUUAUAACAGCUAACAGAAAAGAUUUAAUUGAGGAAAUGGAUGUUGCACUAAUGAAAGAAGAGUUGUGUUUAAAAGGAUUUGAUAUUAACAUACCUGCCACUGUGCGCUCAAGAAGGGAAAAAGCACAUAUUAUUUGUGACUUUUUGGAGAAACAGCCAACAGAAUUCAUGGUUAUUGUGUAUGAAAUUUUAGAAAAACACAAUCUGGAUUUAAUUCUAGAAACACUUAAAGCAUCUGAAGGAAAAAAUAGAUUUACGCAUUUUACGCAAUUUUGUUAAACUUGGUAAAAGACAAAAGUAAGAGAACAUUUAACAGCUGAGGAAAAGCAUCAAUAUGUCAUGUCAUUGUUCAUGAACCUGACGGUUAACAUCAUUCUCAUUACAUCUGAAAUUGUCCCUACACCGUUUAUUACAAAAUAUAUUUUUGACAAACGAAAGUUAAAAAUAUGAGAUGUAUGGGCAGUUGUGUUUGAUUUCGAAAGAUUAUGAUCAGUUAAACUAAUGCGUUUCAAAUAAUUUUAAUAAACUUUCACUGAGGACUAAGUGGAUGUGGAAACUGAUAAUUUCAACUUUUGCAAUUCCGUUGUUAUGGUUCAUACUGAUUGGAAAGGGUCUUUUGUGUUUUUAUUUCGAUUUGUAAUAUAUACAUUCCUUUCCACAUGUUAUGUGUGUAUACUGAUUACAUAACUGAGAUUAAAUUCUAUGUUGACAUGUUUCCCAUAUUGCAAAAACUCCUUAAAAUAUUCUUAGCUCACCUGGCUCGAAGUGCCAAGUGAGCUAUUCUCAUCACUUGGCGUCCGUCGUCCAUCGUCUGUCGUCGUCCGUCGUCGUCGUCGUCGUUAACUUUUUUACAUUUUGAACUUCUUCUAGAGAACCACUAAAUGGAAUUGAACCAAACAUAGCAUGAAUGUUCCUUAUGAUGUGCUGAACAACUGUUGUUACUUCGUAGCCGAUCCAUUUUUCAAGAUGGCCGCCUGCGGAGGACUUAGUUUAACGUAGGACCCUAUGGGAAAUACAUACAAAUGUCUUCUUUUAGAGAACCACUGAAUGGAAUGAAACCAAACAUAGCAUGAAUGUUCCUUAUAAGGUGCUGACCAAGUAUUGUUACUUCGAAGCUAAUCCAUCAUCCAAGAUGGCCGCCAGCGGGGGACUUAGUUUAACAUAGGACCCUAUGGGAUACAUACAAAUGUCUUCUUUUAGAGAACAACUGAAUGGAAUGAAACCAAACUUCUUAUGAGGUUCUGACCAAGUGUUGUUACUUUGUAGCCGAUCUAUCAUCAAAGAUGGCCGCCAGCGGGGGGAAACCACUUUUGCAUGAAGCCGCACAUGACACAGUACCCGAAAUACCACGAUUCCCUUAUACAUUAUUAAAAUAUGUAGUCAUCACUGCAAUUUAUUUGUGCAAAAGAAUAAUUUACUUUGUAAACAAUGAAUUUAACUGAACAAAAUUAAUUAUUUUUAUCUUUAUAUUUGCUCUAAAUAUGCAUGAAAUUUUUGCGACUGUACAUCAAGCAAUCAACAAACAAGAGUUAAUGUAUGUGUUGCAAAUUAUUAUGCUAAACUGACUUUGAACAAACCAAUGCUAAUAAAUGACCACUUAAUCAAUAGUUGGAGCACUGAUAAAACUUGCACUAGUCUAGUAAAAACUUGCAAGAUAAAACUAAAUGUAUAAUAUUUGUGAAUUAAUUCAAAUACCUUCAUCUAAAAUUUUACAUAUAAUAACCUUAUCGAUGAAAAAUUAAUAAAGAGCUCUCGCAAGUGAAGAUAAUUUUUUGAUUGUGAUAUUCUUUUUUAUGGCCCUGCCGUAAAGAAGGGGGCACUAAGUUUCAUCCUUGUCCAUCUGUACGUCCGUACAUUCCAAAAUUGGUUUCCGUUCUCUAACUUUAGUUUGCCUCAACCAAAUGUUAUGAAACUUAAACACACUGCUUAUUAAUACAAAACACAGAGUAAGUAAGAACUUGGGUAUCGUCACUUUUACUAUUCUACAGUUAUGCCCCUUUACAAAUGGAAAAAUUGCUAAAUUUUUCGUUUCCUUUCUUUACCUUUAGUUUUACUCAUUCAAAUGUUAUGAAACUUAUAUGCAAUGCUUAAGCUUAUUGCCACAAAACAUAGAUCAUGUUUGAAUUUUGGUGGCCUCACGUUUACUGUUCUAGAGUUAUGCCCUUUACUAAUGGAAAAAUUGCAAAACUUUUCGUUUUUGUUCUCUAACUAAGUUUUUCUCAAGCAAAUGUUAUGAAACUAUAAACAAUGCUUAAUACCAAAAAACACAGAUUAAUCACACAUUUGGGUAGUGUCACUUUUACCGUUCUUUAGUUAUGUAUCUUUAUUAUCUUAUAUCCAAGCGGGCGCAUCAUCUGUGUCCUAUGGAUACAUUCCCCAUUUAUCUUAAUAUGUGAUGCCUGUUUACCCAUCAUUGAAUGUCAUAACCUCUGUGCUUAAAUAUUGAGGACAUAUUUGAGCUUCAAGUUUUUAUCAAGUUGACAAGUUUUUGUUCAAUAACAAUUAUUGUACAUGUUAAAUUUGGGAGAGUGAAAAUUCAGACAGAUUUUGAUGAAGUAAAUAAUUAGACCAUUUGGAAUGUGAAAUUCGACAUGUCUGGGCGAUUUGUAGUUUUAUGGACAUCUUUGUACGAAAUGAACACAUUUGAAUAUCUCAAUAUGAUAUUAAGGGGCAUGCCCCCAAAAAUCAUUGGUUAGUUUAUAUGCUGAAUCUGAUAAGUUCAGUUUGACGGUAACCAGUAAUUUUCAGUCAAUUAUAUUUGGUGUGUUGUUGUCAGAUUUGCAACAUCUCAUCCAUGGGGAUUACUUAAUCAAUCCCCCUUAGUCAUGGUUGUCAUGGUCUAUUGAUGUUUAAUUUUGGGCAUGUCACAGCUUAGAAUUAAAAGGUAAAACCUCAGAAAAUUACAAUAAGACCAUCAUCAACAUCAUCUUCAAAAUACAUGUAUAUGAACAUGCAUACUAAUAUUUUGGUGAAAGACGUUCAUCCUGUCGAUUUACUUUGUCAUAUUCCUUUAGAUAAAUGCCUAGUGAAUAUAUUCAUGUCCAACAAUAAGAAAACAAUCCAAAUGCCAAAGAUAAUUGAAAGACGUCUAGAUGUCAAUACGCAAUUUCAAACAAUCGACAAAAUAAAAACUAAAAGUACAGCCAAUUGUUGAAAUAUUUUAAAUAUUUCUUUCACAACUUUUUCAAGUAUUAGAUUCAACCUAACAAUUUAUAAAACUUUAAUUUCAUUGUGGCUAGUCUGUAACAUAGACAUCAAUUAGACAUUUGAGAGGAGCCAUUACUAUUUGGACAUUACUUUGAGAAAAACAAAAAAGGUGUCUAUUCCAAGGAUAUAUAAUUGGUCAUACAUGUAGAUUUGAAUCUUUUUUAUUAUGACAUCAGAUUUGGGUGUCGAAUCGGGAAUGGAGGUUGGUACCAGACCUCAAUCUGAAUCUUUCAUAUAUAUAUAUAUAUUGAUUUAGUUGUGACGCUAAAUAGACACUGAAGCAGUUUAAAGUUUUAAUGUGUGUUCACCUGUUUACUAUGAUUAGGUGGAAGUAUGUUCUUAUUUCAAAAAGAGGGGCUCUCAGCAUAUAUCAUUAAUGUGUGCAUGAAGUGACAACGUCUUGCUAGAAACUGAAUGUUUCGACCACAACUAAAUAUGUUUUAAUUGGGAUACGUAUACAUGUAUAUAAUAUAAAAAUAUAUAUGAUUU